CUCACUUGAAAUAUAACAGCUUGCUGUUUUGAGGGCUUGACAGAAUAAAGAUGGGAUGAAUGAUGUUUCUUGUCGGACGACUGUACGUGUGACACCAGUCCAGUGCAGAAGCGGCUACAGGUGAGAUAAGAUCCAGGAGCGGCAGAAGGUCAGCGGCUUCUCUCCACAAUACUGAAAACCGCUUUUCUUGUUCAGCUGAGCCGGAGUUAGAUCCCAAACGCCAUGGCUUCGAGCGAAAAAUACGCUGUUGUUUUGAUGAAACCGUAAAUAAUAUUGAAUGCGGUCGCUGUCACUCCUACACGCGUCUCCCCCCCGUCGCACUGGGAUAUAACAGCCAGGGACGAUCUUAAAUCAACUUUUUCAGAGAUUUCUUUUUGGUUUUUGCGUGUUUGCAUUUUCACUCUGUGCCGGAUAUGUCUCCUCCACGGUCCAUCUUGCUGGUGGGAGAAGGGAACUUCUCUUUCUCCGCCUGUGCCAGUCAGCGGUACUCGGAGUCUCAGACCAGCAUUACGGCCACUUGCCUGCAGCAUCAGGAGGAGGCACUGCGGCACGACGGUGCAGCCACCAACAUCCAGACCAUCAAGGACUCAGGUGGGACUGUUCUCUUUGAGGUGGACUGCACCAAGCUGGGGGAGUGUGCAUCUCUGCAGGGCCGUGUGUUUGACCGUGUGGUGUUCAACUUCCCUCACUGCGGGAGGAAGAGCGGGGUCAAGAAGAACAGAGAGCUCCUCAGGAACUUCUUCCUCAGUUGUGUCCAUGUGCUGGCUGAAGAUGGGGAAGUUCAUGUCUCCUUGUGCAACGGACAGGGUGGGACGCCAGUGGACCAGCCCAAGCGGGAGUGGCACAACAGCUGGCAGGUGGCUGCGAUGGCCGCCGAAGCACACCUGAUCCUCAGCGAUGUCCGUGCCUUCGAAAGCGAGAAACACCAGCAGUACAAGUGCACUGGAUACAGGAGCCAGGAUAAGGGCUUCCAUGUGGAGAAGGCUUUGCUGCAUGUGUUUACUCGCAGCCAUCCCUACACCCCUCUUCAGACACUUGAAAUCGAGGAGGCUGUUGAAGAGGAACGAGUCCAGUACAACAUACCAGCAGAGCUCAGUGAUUAUACAUUCAGGAGAUUUCUCUGCGCCGAUUCAGUUCAUCCUGUGAAACUGGUGCAAGAUUUUCUUCUCCAAGGACUAGUUGAGAAGUGGUCAGUCUCCAUGACGACAGAGACUAUUCCCUUUCUCCUCACAGCCAAACAGCUGCAGAUAUGCUGCUGUGGUGUUGACACUGCUCACUGCUACUGGAUCCACCUGCUUCAGAAAGACUCCUCCUCUGAUGUGCAAAGUUGUACAGACAGAGAAAAAAAUCAGGAAAAAGAGCCUCUGUCAGCAGCAUGUACUACCACAGAUAAAGAAGACCGGGUAAGGAGCAAAACAGCACAAUGCCUAAGGUCUGCAUGCUCUAUUGAUGUGGAUCCAGAAGCCGAAGAUUGUCUUUAUUUGCUGCGUCCAUCAUUGCUUCCUCAGAUGGAAGAGCUCUUAAGUAAAAAAGAGUCUCUAACUAACAAGGUCGAGUCCCACUCUAAGCCUGAAGGGAAUAAUAGAGGCGUGGAACAUGAAGGGAUUGAAAAGGAGGAGAGCUGUGGCGACUACAAUGGUGUUUCCAACUUUUUGUUUGGUAUUAGUGACGUUGUAUUCAGGAAUGUGCGCAUUGGUCUUUGGAAUUUGCCUGCGUUUCAUGAGCUUCUCCUCAAAGGGGUUUUCCCCUCAGACAGUGAGCCAUUAAAAUUGCUUGGAGACAAACUGGAAGCCAUGCUUGCUCCUUACGGGGUCUCCCUGCUACCAGAGAAGGGGGGUCUGUGUCUCAGAGCACAGCCUGUGGGAUCAGUCGGCAAAGUGUUUACAACCAAUGCCAGUGACAACAACAGCCAUAUUAGCAUCACUGUGUCCCUAAAUUUGGACCUCCUCGCUGUGGUCAUGUUCUCCCUCCCUGACUGGCGGGUUCUGUGGUCACACGACCCACGUUUUCUGAAACAGUUUUCACUCCGGCCCUCACCAGGAACUCCCUAUCGGCCGUUUUCCCUCUUUCCUGAGCACUUCAGCUUCGAUAUCAGCUUCUGGACAGGGUCCACAUGGGAGGAAAAGAAGUUUUAUAGUGCAGUUCGAGAGGCCAGCCGUGGGACCGUGGAGCAAGUUAAACUGAUGGAUACAUUCUCACAUCCUGAUCUGAGUCAGACCAGUUACUGUUACAGGCUCACGUAUCACUCGCACACGCAUGCUCUGUCACACACGAGAGCCCUCCAGUUUCACAAGCACCUGGAGUGUCUACUUUCAACUCGACUGCAGGUGUCCAUCAGGUAGCAGCCACUCAAAUGAAAACAUGAGAAACUGAACGGAAAUUCAGCCAGUAUUUGUUCAGACAUUGUUAUUACAAGUCUGUCACUGCUAAUAUAGUAUAAGCAUUUAAUCUAAAAAGCUGCGGUUAAACAGUGUUUACAGUAAUUAAGGCAUUGCUCUCUAACUCGUGUCUGUCUUUCUAAAUGUAAUUCAAAUGCUGUAUUGUGUGUGUUUCAAAAUAAUAAACUUAUUUAACAUC